CUCGGACCUAAUCCAGGCCCUUGGAACAGAAUCUUUGGAUUGCUGUUUCUUGAUAAUCCCAUAGGCUCUGGCUUCAGCAUAGCUGCUUCACCUCAAGAAAUCCCUCGAAACCAAUUAGGUGUGGCUGAGCAUCUCUUUAUAGCAAUCAAGAAGUUCAUUGCUUUGGAUGCAAAUUUCAAAAGCAGGCCAAUUUAUAUAACUGGUGAGAGCUAUGCUGGGAAAUAUGUGCCUGCAAUUGGAUAUCACAUUUUGAAGAAGAAGGAAAGUGGAGUGAAUUUGGCUGGUCUUGCUAUUGGGAAUGGCUUGACUCAUCCUGAGGUGCAAGUGUCGACUCAUGCUGUGAAUGCAUACAAUCUGGGGUUGAUAAAUGACAAGCAGAAGGCCCUUUUGGAGGGGAUUCAGUCUAAGGCUGUUGAUUAUGUGAGAGAAGAGCGUUGGGGGGAAGCAACCGGUGCAAGAACCAAAGUGCUCAACACACUACAAAACAUGAGUGGAUUGGCCACUUUGUAUGAUUUCACAAGGCUGAUUCCUUACCAGGAUGACAUUGUGGCUGAGUUCUUGAGCAAUCCCGAGGCAAAGAGGGCUCUCGGGGCGAAUGAGUCCACUGUGUUUGAGGUGUGCAGUGAUGUCGUGGGGGAAGUUUUGAGUGAUGAUGUGAUGAAGAGUGUGAAGUAUAUGGUGGAGUUCUUGGUGAAGAAGACGAGGGUGUUGCUGUAUCAGGGGCAGUGUGAUUUGAGAGACGGCGUGGUGUCUACCGUGGCGUGGAUGAAGGGGUUGGAGUGGGAGGGGAUUGGUGAGUUCUUGGAUGCGGAGAGGGAGGUGUGGAGGGUGGAUGGGAAGCUUGCUGGCUAUGUGCAGAGAUGGAAGAGGCUUAGCCAUGUUGUGGUGAUGAAUGCUGGGCAUCUUGUGCCUACUGAUCAGCCUGUUAACUCUCAAGUUAUGAUUGAAGAUUGGGUUUUGGAGAAGGGACUGUUUGCAGCUCAAGAAAUUGAAACACAAGUCAAAUAGUUUUGGGAUGAGUUUCAUUUAACAUAUGAUGCUGUUGCUGUCAGCUUUGUAAUGUGUAGUAGUUUUGAUGUUGUAUCAGUGAUGUUGGUGAACUUAAACAGUUGUUAUUCAUUGCAAGAUUGCUUUUUUCA